CACCGAAAACUGUUUAUGAACUGGCAUCCCUUCUUCGAAAUGUAAAGCGAGGACCUCUUUAAGUGGCGCCCCCAACUACCGCCGCCGCCGCCGCCGCCGCCUCAAAAUUCAAUAAAAUGAGCUCUUAUUUCGUCAACUCACUGUUCUCCAAAUACAAAACCGGGGAGUCCCUGCGCCCCAAUUAUUAUGACUGCGGCUUCGCCCAGGACCUGGGCGGCCGACCCACCGUGGUGUACGGUCCCAGCAGCGGCGGCAGCUUCCAGCACCCGUCGCAAAUCCAGGAGUUCUACCACGGGCCGUCGUCGCUGUCCACCGCUCCCUACCAGCAGAACCCGUGCGCCGUGGCGUGCCACGGGGACCCGGGCAACUUCUACGGCUACGACCCGCUGCAGCGACAGAGCCUGUUCGGUGCGCAGGAUCCAGACCUGGUGCAGUACGCCGACUGCAAGCUCGCGGCCGCCAGCGGCCUGGGCGAGGAGGCCGAGGGGUCAGAGCAGAGCCCGUCGCCCACACAGCUCUUCCCUUGGAUGCGCCCGCAAGCAGCCGCCGGACGCAGGCGAGGCCGACAGACCUACAGCCGCUACCAGACCCUGGAGCUGGAGAAGGAGUUCCUAUUUAAUCCCUAUCUGACUCGCAAGAGGCGGAUCGAGGUAUCGCAUGCGCUGGGACUGACAGAGAGACAGGUCAAAAUCUGGUUCCAGAACCGGAGGAUGAAGUGGAAAAAAGAGAACAACAAAGACAAGUUCCCCAGCAGCAAAUGCGAGCAGGAGGAGCUGGAGAAACAGAAGCUGGAGCGGGCCCCGGAGGCGGCGGACGAAGGCGACGCGCAGAAGGGCGACAAGAAGUAGGCUCCAGCUGGGACUGCCAGGGUCGGGGCUGCCCUCCGUCCGCGGGUCCCCCGACCACGCCGCCGUCGCCCGCCCCCGCC